AUGGCUGAUAAAUAUCAUACUUCAACACGCCGAAUUUAUGAAAUUUGGAAAAGACAUGCUCAGGGUUUAUCCCAGCGCAAACAACAAAUUUCUGAUCCAUUUACUACUAAUCCUGCUAGCGGUAUUGAUGAACAUUACGUCCAUUCUAGGCAUAAAGCACUCUGCAGAGCAGAUAAUCAAAACAUAUUACAAUCAGAAAUCAAGGAAGAGCCUAUCGCCAAGACUGUUGGAGCAGAGUUAGUGAAUAAACUAUACUCCCGUCGAAUGGAAAUAAAGAAAGCAUUACGUGAGGCGGAAAAGCUGAUAAAAUAA